UCUACCCUGGGGGCAUUUAUUACUUCCAUACCUCUAUCCCCACCAAUCUGAGCACGUGCGUUCCGCAGUGAUGUGUUUGUUGUGCUACCCGGCGAAUCUCGUCACAAUAUAAACAUUUGUUUAGUUUAUGCAACAACAACAACAACAGUUGUCGUAAUAACAGUAACUAUGUCGGACAGCAGCGGCGUAAGAGUCACGUACAUUCACAGCGAGCAGUACGUGUUGGCGUGCGAUACACUCUCCAGAAUUCCUCGGCGGGCAAGCAUGGUGCACACACUCAUAGAAUCGUACGGCCUGCUAAAGUACAUGCGCGUGGUGGAACCCAGCGCCCCGAGCCGGCGGGAGCUCGCCGCGUUCCACUCGGACGACUACCUGGAGCACUUGGAGCAAGUGAGCCGGGACGGGGACGAUGACCACCCCGAGUCGCAGCUCUACGGCCUCGGCUACGACUGCCCCACCACGGAGGGCGUGUUCGAGUGCGCGGCGUCCGUGGCUGGAGGGACGCUGGCGGCCGCCGGCUCUCUGAUGGACGGCUCCUGCGACGUGGCCCUCAACUGGCCCGGAGGGUGGCACCACGCGAAAAAGGACGAGGCGUCCGGGUUCUGCUACGUGAACGACAUCGUCCUGGGCAUUCUCAAGCUCAGGGAGAAGUUCGAGAGGGUGCUGUACAUCGAUCUGGAUCUUCACCAUGGAGACGGUGUGGAGGACGCCUUCUCAUUCACCCCGAAGGUGAUGACGGUGUCCGUGCACAAGUUCUCCCCAGGUUUCUUCCCAGGUACGGGAGGAAUCGACGAGGUGGGCAUGGGCAAGGGGAGAUAUUUUGCCCUCAACGUCCCGCUGCAGGACGGCAUCACGGACGACAAAUACUUCUACGCGUGUCACACGGUCCUGCAAGAUGUGUUCGUGACCUUUAACCCGGAAGUGGUCGUUUGCCAGCUGGGAGCAGACACCCUCGCCGGUGACCCCAUGUGCUCCUUCAACCUGACCCCGCGAGGAAUAGGCCGCUGCCUGCAGAGCAUCCUGGAGUGGCGGUUGCCCACGCUUGUACUGGGAGGAGGAGGGUACCACCAGCCCAACACGGCUCGCUGCUGGGCAUACCUGACUGCUGUCAUCCUCGGACAGACCCUCUCACCUGAGAUACCUGAGCAUCAGUAUUUUACAGAAUAUGGACCAGACUACAUGCUUGACAUCACUCCAAGCUGUCGGACUGACAAGAACGACCAACAGUAUCUGGACAAUCUCAUCGCCAGAGUACGAGCCAACUUGAAAAACGCAUCGUAAUCUUCACGCGGGGACGAACGCAAAGACGCCGAGGACUCUUGUGGCACGCGGGACCGACGGGGACGAUUUCAUUCUACGGAUUUAGACGGGAGGAGGGGGUGGGUGGGGGGGUGAUACGGGAGAUUAUCCAGAAGCGGCGGCUUGUGAUCACACACUCGCGCCUUUCACCGACAGACGACAUCUCGGUGCACUUUAAAGCCGGGAUAAUUUGUCAAAGUUUAGUUCGCCGCGCUCUCGUGUUUCGUCCGGUCCGGUGGGGAACGAGCGCGUGUGGAAAAAAAAUCCCGUCGGUUGUUUUGCUUGCGUACGUUAUUAGCGGUUGCGCUGCGGAGCUCUGCGGUGCGUUUUCCGGGUCGUGCCGCGCGUUCGCGAGUGCCGGGUUGAGCGUCUUUCGCCGGCGGAACUCGUCCUUUGGGAACCGAUCCACGUCUCGGAUUCGACAAAACGUCGGGGGACAUCGUUUUCCGAGUGACACGCGCCACACAACCUGAAGAAAGCACACCGAUCGCGAGAGCUACAUAAAAAAAAAAUUGCCAAAGUAAAAGAGGUGACGCCGUUUCAUCAAAAUGACGCUGGGAUCGUACCCCGGGCGACGUGUUUGGUGUUUGCGUCGAACCGUCCACGAUGUUUCUGUGUCGAUGGCGACUUUGCGUUCGGUCCACUCAAGAGAAGUCGCGAAUUGACGUCGAGAUUUAAAGGUGAGAUUGAGAUAUUUUUGUUUGUGCGACUGUUAACAUCACGGUGAGAUUAGAACAGGCCUUCAUCCAGCAUCCAGCAGUGGAUCGACCAUGGCUGAUAAUGAUGAUGCUUGUGAAUGCGGUUCGUGGUUGUGUCCGUAGCCUGCAGAAUUUACUUGAAUGCAUACAUUCAUAGCUCUUAGUUCAUCCACUGUUGGUCAUUGACGGUUAUUUGACCCUAAACUUCACCACGCUGGUCGGUGCAGGUCGGUGAAACGAAGGGGAUGUUUCCUGUUACCACUUGCGAUGUUACAAAUUGCACGGGGCUUGCUAUCGCCCCCCCCCCGAAAGCGCGCCUCUUCGCUAGCAGUGCCCUCGUCGCGUCGCGCAAAGUAGGUUCUGGCUGUGGAAGAACAUUGGCGUGGGGACCUCGAACAUUGUCACCCCUUAACAGGGUCGUUGACGCGAAGGGAGCGCGCUUAUUUCGGAGAGAGGGAUCACGAAGGGCAACCGAGAGACACUCCGCUUUGCCGGCUCAUCGUCGUCUCAUCAAUUCCACGUGCGCUCGCGUCAAAACCUGCGCGCGUUCGAGAGCGUGUAAGGCGCAGCCCUGCAAUGGCUCGCUGUGCGUACGCGUGCACGUUGAACUUCUGCCGGCACCGUACGUAGCCAACCGUGCUAAUGCGGAGUUGCGGGGAAGGACAACAAACUAAACACAACGAGUAGUUCUAAUGAAAUGCGUUUUCAAUCUACGCCACUGCUGGUGCAGUCUAGAGAGCCCCCCCCCGCCCUCCUCAAAAGUAUUUGGCCUACUCUUCCAUGCUGGCUAAACGUCUUGAAAAAGGGGGUACCCUUUACCCCACCACACGCGACCUCCCAAUGGACAAACUGUGGUGGUGACGGCUUGCCCAGUCCAGUUGUGCUGACCAUUCCGCCGCUGUGACGGCGGCCCUGAUGUGUGCGUACACCGAGAGAGUUUAUUGUGACCUGUUGUCACCGUUGUUUUGAACCAAAUUGUCGAAUAAAAACGUUUUGCAAGAAAA